AUUUGAACAUGGAAUUCAAUCCUUCGGACCAUCCUCGGGCCAGCACAAUAUUCCUCAGUAAAUCUCAGACGGACGUGAGAGAAAAACGCAAGAGCCUCUUCAUUAACCAUCACCCUCCUGGACAAGUAGCAAGGAAGUACAGCUCCUGCUCCACCAUCUUCCUCGACAACAGCACAGUCAGCCAGCCGGACCUCAAGUACACCAUCAAGUGUGUAGCUCUUGCGAUAUAUUAUCACAUCAAAAACAGGGACCCAGAUGGAAGGAUGCUCUUAGAUAUUUUUGAUGAAAACCUUCAUCCUCUCUCGAAAUCCGAAGUGCCACCAGAUUAUGACAAACACAACCCCGAACAGAAGCAGAUCUACCGAUUCGUUCGGACGCUGUUCAGUGCUGCUCAGCUGACGGCAGAAUGUGCCAUUGUCACCCUGGUAUACCUUGAAAGACUGCUAACCUACGCAGAGAUAGAUAUCUGUCCGGCCAACUGGAAGCGCAUUGUCCUCGGGGCGAUCCUGCUGGCCUCCAAGGUGUGGGACGACCAGGCUGUGUGGAACGUGGAUUACUGCCAGAUCCUGAAGGACAUCACGGUGGAGGACAUGAACGAGCUUGAGCGGCAGUUUCUUGAAUUGCUCCAGUUCAACAUCAACGUUCCUUCCAGUGUUUAUGCCAAGUAUUAUUUCGAUCUUCGUUCUCUGGCAGAAGCAAACAACCUGAGCUUCCCCCUGGAGCCCCUGAGCAGGGACAGGGCUCACAAGCUGGAGGCCAUCUCUCGCCUCUGCGAGGACAAGUACAAGGACCUGAGGAGACCCGCGAGGAAGCGGUCGGCUAGUGCCGACAACCUGACUCUGCCGAGGGUGUCCCCAGCCAUCAUCUCCUAACGAGGAGCCCCUGCGGGGCUGUGCCACCCGCAGCUUCUUUGUUUGAGAAAGACAGACUCGGGUGGCUGCGUUUGUUUUUUUCCUUUCCUUUCCUCAUGUAACUCAUAGCCGUCGGCGCCUCGAUGAACGCCCCCACGGCAGCGGCAGCGGGCUCCGGGAGGACGUCGGCGUUGGUGCCAGCUCGCCUCUCCCCGCCCAGGAUCAGCACUGCCUUCCUGGAGGAAGCGGACUCUCAUCCCAAGGAGCAAGCCAAGGGGAGGGCGGCCGUGGAGAGGCAGGGAGUGACUGAGUGCUCUGCCACAUCCCACGUGUCCGUCUGGGUCGUGGGUCCGGCGGGAAUAGAUAACGCAGUUGGAUGUGCGGAAAGGCCGGUGCCGCCUUUGUCACCGCUGGGUCAGCGUGUUCCGUAAGACUUCUCGCAUUCCUUCUUGCUGCUUUUUUUGGGAUCUGGGCGAUUUUUGUUGGUUUCUGUUCUGUUUUGGUUUUGGUCCCACGGAGCAGAGAAUAUAGUUUGUACCCACCAUGGCACGGACAUCCCAAUAAAUAGUACUGGUUGUUUCUCUCCGCACUGGUUUUGCGAGCUGUCUUCUGAGCUUUCUUCCGCACAAGUGGGGUGUCAUUACAGUUCUGUACCCCUGUACUCGAGACAGUUUUUUUUGACCGGCGCAGAUUAACUUGACUGUAGUGCUGAACCAAAAGUAGCCCUUUCACUCCUGCUCCUCACCCCAGGAAAGUUCUAGAUCACAUGGGUGCUUGUGCCUUCUGAUUUUCUUGCAGUUGUUUUGUUUUUCCUCUGCCCAGAAGAUGUCAUUGCAAACCCAGUCAGACCCGGCGGGAAGACGGACGUUGCAGCGCAGGGUGCCCGGUGGAGGGCCUGCCGGGACCCCUGAGCCGGGAGCCUUCUCUGUGUGCGGGGCCUCGUCUCUUCUCUACGUCCAGUGUCCAUUGUUGCAAGCAAUAUUCUUCUCAACUUUUAUAUGUUUACUUUAAAUCAAAGUUAGUCUAUUUGUAUAAAAUUUUUUAAAAAUCUAAAAUAAAAUUAAAAAAAAAAAAAAAAAAAACAAGGGUGGGUGGGGUAUUCCGGGGAAGAUCGCUGAAGGGAAAAAUGUUAGUAUUUACUGAGGUAUUUUUCACAGAACGAUUGAAUAAUAAAAACUCACCUUUCACUUUCA